AUGACGGACCCGAGACGAGAUGAAUUCAUCUCACCAAUGACAAGAAGCCCUCACGCGUCGUCUCCCGCUGUCAAGGGCCAGACAGACGCUCUCGCCCCCCCGGCUCCUCCGCCUAAAGAUGGUCCUCCUCCACCUCCUCCAAAGGACCUUUCGACGCCAAGAAAUUCUUCCCAUAUCCCGUUCGAUGCUGCGAUCGAGGCAAGAGACUACAUAAAUGGGGGAGCGCCCCACGACGACGUUUCGCCUCUCCAGAACGGCAAGCGACCGACACUUCCCACCCUCAAUUCGACAGAGAGCGCACGACAAACCCCAAGCGGUCUGCCGAGAAUGCCCGAAGACGGAACAUACUCUCCCGAGCCAGCGUCACCGACUGACCGUCGAAGCGUACAAUUCGCUCGUACAGACCAGGUCCUGGAGGCCCCGGCCAGCCAUUCGCGACAGCCAUCGUGGGAAGAUGGUGGAAAGUCAAUUGGUUCGGCCUUCAUUAUCAAGUUGAAGCAGCUUACCGGAUCUGGUAGCAUGCAGACCCUUAAGACAAGCAGCUCUGGCAACUUGAACGACAAUGGCACGCCGCCGUCCAUGGGAAGCUCACCAACCACCGGGCAGUUCAGGUCCAGAAUACCUCACACGCUCGAGGAGGAUGGAGGCAGUGAUGCGGAUGCGGACGUUGAGGAGACGGCCGACGAAGGGGUCGCGUCGGAUGCUGCCAAACCCAAGAAGAAGAGACGAAUGCGUCGCACCAAGAAACACCAGUCGUCUGUUCCGAGCACGCCAAACCUACGGCAUCUACCCGGCCCAGACUCGCCUGUCGGAUAUGGUCGGAUGGGCCUGAGAAGGCGCAUGAGCAUGCCGGACCACGCGGAGCAGCAACAUGGCAUGUCGGAGGGCGAGGGAAGAGACCAGCUUGCCGGACCUUCGUGGAUCCGCUCUCACCGUGCUCGCGAUGGUGACGGGACUGAAAGUCCCGGCGGUGGUGGGCGAAGAAUGGGCCACAUGCGUCGCAUCACCGUCCUCGGAGGCGGUGGGGUUUCGGAUGGUGAUGCUAUUGCGCCUAAGAGGCCCUUCUUUGGCAGCGAAAGGGCAUCGACAUGGAAGUAUGUCAAAAACACCUUGAAGCUUCUUAGGCAGAAGAAGGAGGACCGUUUCGAUUUCGCCAAGUCAGCCGAGCUCAUGGCAGAGUUGCGAGCCGGGGCCCCUGCUGUUCUUAUGUUGGCCAGCAUGAUCCAGAGGGAUGAGCACGGCAACAAGCGAAUUCCCGUCCUACUCGAACAGGUGCGUCUGCGCAUAACCGACAGUCAACCCGAAUCCGACGACGAUAGCGAGCGACAUUGGGUCUUCACCAUGGAUCUCGAGUACGGCAGCGGUCCGAGUCGGAUGAAGUGGACCAUCAUCAGAACGCUCAAAGACAUCUACAACCUGCAUGUCCGGUACAAACUUGCGAUGAGCAACGAUAAGUACUUGCACGGGCGCGCCGAUGUAGGAGCCCGACCUAAAAUGCCUAAAUUUCCGUGGGGCGCCUUCCCAUAUCUCCGCAGUGCACGCAACAAGGAUGACAGCGACGAUGACGACGGCGCAAGCCUCCGGGGCGACGAUCUAGGUGAAGCAACUGCUGGCGAAGGCACAGCUGCCGAGGGUACCGCUGGAGAGGGCACGGCAAGCGAGUGGGAAGGCGGCCGGGCUGGUCCAGGUGCUAGGAAGAAGUCUCGUCUUGGCAUGCUCGGCAUGCGUAGGAAGUCCACCGGUUUUACCGAACCUGGCGAGUCUGGAGGUGAGAACCAAGCGGACCUGGUCCAGGCACGCAAACGAUACUUUGAACGGCAACGAAGAGUGUUGGAAAAAUACCUGCAGGAUAUGAUCCGCUGGUUGAUGUUUCGCGCCGACAGCAAUCGUCUUUGCAAGUUCCUGGAGCUGUCUGCCCUCGGUGUGCGUCUGGCUGCUGAAGGCAGCUAUCACGGCAAAGAGUGCUAUCUUCACAUUCAGUCUUCCAAAGGCAUGGACUUCCGUCGAGUCUUGACACCCAAGAAGGUCAUCGCCCGUCACAGUCGCAAGUGGUUCCUUGUGCGAUCAAGUUACAUUGUCUGCGUUGAAUCGCCCGAAAAAAUGAGCGUCUACGACGUCUACCUUGUGGACUCCAAGUUUCGUAUUGUUUCCAAGAGAAGCACGCUGAAACAGUUGUCCAAGGGCAAGACAAAGAAAGAGGAGAAGGAGAUCGACCUGACAGAAGAGGCCGAUGUGGAGAAGCAUCACACCCUGACGCUGCAUACCGCCGAGCGUAAGGUCAAGCUAUUCUCGAGAAACCAGCACAUCAUGAAGCAAUUCGAGGACUCUAUUGCCGAGAUGCUCAAGCAGACCAAGUGGCAUGACAUCAACCGUUUCGACAGCUUCGCCCCCAUCCGAAAUGGUGUUUUUGCGCAGUGGCUCGUGGACGGCAGAGAUUACAUGUGGAAUGUGUCUCGCGCAAUCAGCAUGGCUCGCGAUGUCAUCUAUAUCCACGACUGGUGGCUCAGCCCGGAGCUGUACAUGCGUCGUCCGGCGGCUAUCAGCCAGAAGUGGCGUCUGGAUCGUCUUUUGCAGCGCAAGGCCCGGGAGGGCGUCAAGAUCUUCGUCAUCGUCUACCGCAAUGUUGAGGCUGCUAUUCCCAUAGACUCGGAGUACACCAAAUACUCCCUCCUGAACCUUCACCCCAACAUCUUCGUUCAGCGGUCUCCAAAUCAGUUUAAGAAGAACCAGUUCUUCUUUGCUCACCACGAAAAGCUCUGCAUCGUCGACCAUGAUGUGGCUUUUGUUGGUGGUAUUGACCUGUGCUUUGGUCGUUGGGACUGUCCGCAGCAUCCGAUCACGGAUGACAAACCGACAGGCUUCGAGCAUAGUGAGCAACCAAAGGAUGCCGAGCACUGCCAACUCUUCCCCGGGAAAGACUAUUCCAACCCCCGAGUCCAGGACUUCUUCAAGCUCGAUGAGCCAUACGAAGAGAUGUACGACAGGAGCAAGGUUCCCAGAAUGCCAUGGCACGACAUCGCCAUGCAGGUCGUGGGUCAACCGGCCAGAGAUUUAACGAGGCACUUCGUCCAGCGAUGGAACUAUGUCAAAAGAGGCAGGAAGACAACACGUCCCUUGCCAUUCCUGCUCCCUCCUCCCGACGUCAAGAUGGCGGAGCUCGACGCUCUUGGUCUGACCGGUACUUGUGAGGUACAAAUUCUGAGGUCGUCGGCCAACUGGUCUCUUGGAAUCGAGCACACAGAGUGCAGCAUUCAGAACGCCUACGUUAAGAUGAUCGAGGACUCUGACCAUUUCGUCUACAUUGAAAAUCAGUUUUUCAUCACGAGCACCGAGGCUUUCAACACGAAGAUUGUCAAUCGCAUUGGUGACGCACUGGUCGAGCGCAUCAUCAGGGCCCACGAGAACGAUGAAGACUGGAAAGCUUGCAUUGUCAUUCCUCUUAUGCCCGGAUUCCAGAACACCGUCGACGAGCAAGAAGGCACCAGCGUACGACUCAUCCUCCAGUGUCAAUACCGCAGCAUCUGUCGCGGAGAUGGGUCCAUUUUCUCGCGUCUCCGUGCUGCUGGCAUCGAACCCGAGGAUUAUAUCCAGUUCUAUAGUUUGCGACAAUGGGGCAAGAUUGGCGCCCGUAAUGCCCUCGUCACCGAGCAGCUUUACAUCCACGCCAAGUGCAUCGUCGUGGACGAUCGAGUGGCGCUCAUUGGCUCCGCCAACAUCAACGAGCGAUCGAUGCUCGGAAACCGUGACUCCGAGCUUGCUGCAGUCGUUCGCGACACCGACAUGAUUUGGUCCACCAUGGCCGGCCGACCCUACCGCGUCGGCCGCUUCGCCCACACCCUACGGCUUCGCUUGAUGCGGGAACAUCUCGGACUAGACGUCGAUGAGAUCUUGGAAGAGGAGAGACAGGCCGACAUGGACCGUCAGGCCGAGUAUGAAGCGGAGAUGGAUCAGAUCUAUGCAGAUGAUACGGAGUCGCCUCCUAUUGCUGGUUCAAGCGGCCAGCACGCGGAAGGGAAGCCGGCAAAACCGGCGAUGCCAGGCCAAACUCCCAGCUUCAACCAUGAUGCUGUCACAGAGCCCGAUGAAGUGGUCGAGGAGGAUUCGUCUGUGUCUUCGUCUAAGGGCAAAGAGCGUGAUGACCGUGUGACCGGAAAUGAAGCUCACGCCAUGGACAUUGCCGGGUAUGGUAACGACCACUGGAAGGAUGCCGCUCAACGUGGGCUCGACCAAGGACGCGACUCUAUCAUCGUCAACGGUCGCGAGGUUCUUGUUCGCGAUGUACACACAGAGGGGAAGGGCACCUUGGAGUCGCCAAUGCAGCCACACGAGCGAAAACCGUCGACCGAUCACCACGCGGAGGAGGAAGGCGGUGUUAGUAACGACGCUCUACCGCCGAUCCCCGCUCUCAACAGACGGACCACCGAUCAGCUUGGUCUGCCUCGCACGGCAGGACUGCCCACUUUGCCUGCUGUAGACGACACGGAUAUCGGUGGCCCUCCUGUUCACUUGGACCAGAGCGGCCAGCCAACCAACGGGCCGCUGCAUCCUCUGGCUGCCGACAUCAGGCCCGCACACAUCGACAAGGACUGCAUGCGCGAUCCAGUCAACUCAUCCUUCUUCGAUGACAUCUGGAACAGAGUGGCGGAGAACAACACCAAGCUAUACCGCCGCGUCUUCCGCUGCAUGCCUGAUUCAGAAGUACUGACGUGGCCCGACUACCGCGAAGCCGUGUCCUAUUCGGAGCGGUUCAGAGAGAGCAUGGAAGGAAAGACAAAGACGGACGACGGGGACUCCAACUUGAACCGUCAUCAAUCUCCCGUUACGGGCGGAGGUGCCGGUGUUGGGGCGCCAGGCCCUGGAGCCAUUGUCGAUGCUGCCACGGAGAAGGCGGAAGAGAAACUACACCUCAAGCCCAAUCACUCGAACCACCCCCGGAUCGUCAUCCCCGGAGAUGACCACGAGCUGAAUGAGAAGAAUGAGCACCCUGGCUCGAGAGCCGGGCCCAACACAGACGCAGAGAAUUUAACUGCCUCACGACGUCCACAGGAUGCCCCGUCGCCUGUCCUCCCCGCUGGAGACGUUCCGUUCCCCGCGUUCGAGACAGGCCCUGCAGCCGAUGCCAGCACGUUGGAACCGGCGCGGGAGAAGAGCAGAGAGAGAAGGACGACAUUUUCUCCUCUGGAGAAACCGCCUUCUAGGGACGUAAGCACCCCAGCUCAGCAAGCUCAAGGAUCGGUUAGACGCCGCCGACGGGCCACUACUAAGGGCAGCCGGCGCGGUAUGCCGCCCGAAGAGGUGCUCGGGAGAGCUGAGGCAGAAGAGCUGCUCAGCAUGGUCCAGGGACACGUUGUCAACUUCCCUUACGACUGGCUGCUUACAGAAGAGCAGAACGGCAACUGGGGCUUCCAGGUGGAUGGCGUAGCGCCCCUGCAAAUUUAG